CGUGCCAGCUCAGCGAUGGCUCUGAGGGUGUGCGCUGCCCUCCGGUGCCGCUCCAAUCACCAGGGAGUGGAGGAUUCGCCGCCAGCUUCAGUGCCGAUGCUCCCUCUGAACAACUGAGAUUCGAGCCCCUGCGGCAGCGCCUCUCCAGCCCGCAGCAGUUAUUCCUCUCCAAUCGCGUGAAGGAAUCGGAAGUGGAGCGGAAGGCGCAGGCCUUUCUGGCGGACGCUGAGCGCAACACGAAGAGGCUAGAGGAGUUAAGUCAGAGCCUGUCGAAUGUGACGGUGCCCGAGGACCUGCAGCGGCGCUUCGGACAACUGCAAUCCCCAGAGGACAUCAGCGACCCCGCUGGCACCUUACAGUCGCUUCAGGUGCUUAACGAGCUACGGAACAUAGGCGCGAUUAGCUCGCGGCCGCUGAUCGCCAAUCUGCCGCCGUUCUUGGAAACCACCGCUCAUGCAGGAGCGUUUGGCUUCCCGAGCGACCCGCUCUUCCAAGACGACAAAUUGCCGGGAUGCAAACCACCCAAGCAGCCGGAUUGCAACGCCUCCGAGCGGUACCGGCGUCACAACGGCGCGUGCAACAACCUGAAUGAGCCGCGGUGGGGCCGGGCGAACACAGGCUUUACUCGCCUCUUCCCGGCCAGCUACGACAACGGCAUCUCUGAACCGCGCACCAUCGGCGUGGGUGGAACCCUCCCGUCGCCGAGGCUCGUCAGCCAGCGCGUGCUCGACACCUCGCCGAGCGCCGACCGUACCCGUUCGCUGUCCGUCAUGGCGUAUGGGCAGUUUAUCGCGCACGACACCAUCUCAACACCAACACAGCAACUCGGGACGCCAGGUGCACGCGUCUCGUGCUGUGGCCCGAAUAACUCGUUCCCUGAGGACGCUCGUCCGCCCGGUUGCAUUCCAAUUCGAGUGCCUGACGACGACCCACAUUUUGCCAAGUUCAAUCGCACCUGCAUCCACCAGGUACGCUCGAUGGUAGUACUCCCGGAGGACUGCAUCUUGGCACCGAACAGCCAGCGCAAUGGGCUUACACAUUUCCUGGACGCGUCUAACGUGUACGGCAGCAGCAAAAUGCAGGCGGAUUUGUUGCGAGCCUUCUCCGGAGGUCUCUUAAAAAUGACGGCAGAGAACCUACCUCCACGCGACAGCCGUCAGUUCAUCGCCGGCGAGGGUAGAAGUAGCGAGAACCCUGGCCUGACGUUCCUACACAUAGUUUGGAUGCGCGAGCAUAAUCGAGUGGCAAGAGCACUGGCGAAGAGUCACCCCAACUGGGACGACGAGAAACUGUACCAGGAAGCGCGCAGGAUCGUCAUCGGCGAGUACCAGCAUAUCGUGUACAAUGAGUACGUGCCGGCCGUGGUCGGAUACCGGUACGCCCGCCAGCACGGGCUUGACCCAGAACGUGGCUACUCGUUCAAUUACCAGGAGCAGCUGGACCCCAGGAUUACCUCUGAGUUCUCCACGGCCGCCUUCCGGUUCGGACAUUCUCAGGUUCAGGACGCAUUCAUACUGGAGAGCGAGACUGGCCGCCUGCUCAAGACGCUGAACAUGGCGGAUGCGUUCUUCAAAGACAACUUGCUGUUGGAGCCUGGGGCCGUGGCGCAGAUGGCACGCAGCCUGACGCGGCAGAAGCCGCGAUCUGUCGACCGGACAGUGUCGCCCGCCGUGCACGAGCAUCUGUUCCAGACGCCUCGGGACGCGGGCAUAGACCUGCUGGCGCUUAACAUCAACCGCGGCCGGGACCACGGCCUGCCCACGUACAUCAACGUGCUGGAGAACUGCCUAGAGCGCAAGAUUGGGGACGGAUGGGAGGGCCUGAAAAAGUUCUUCGAGCCGGCGGUGCUGGAGCGGCUGCAGUCGGUGUACAGCAGCCCGUACGACAUAGACCUCUACAUCGGUGGUCUGACGGAGAAGUCGAAGCUGGGCGCCGUGGUGGGAGAGACGUUUCAGUGCAUCAUCGGCCAGCAGUUCUUCACCCUGAGAUACGCCGAUCGAUUCUUCUUCGACCACGCAGAGCAGCCACACAGCUUCACGGAAGAGCAGGUGAAACAGAUCCAGAGAGCCAGUUGGGCGCGCAUUCUCUGCGACAAUGUGGAAGAUCUGGAACGAGUGCAGCCUCUGGCUUUAAGGCAGCCCUCCACCUUCGCCAACGGUCUCGCAAGCUGCAACUCAUUUGCUAUACCUUCGGUGAACCUCAGUAUCUUUUAAAUGAGCUUCGUCACAAUGGAAGUCGUCCGCUUGCAAUGGAAGCGCGCAAUGUUAAUGCCUUUGCAGGCGGUAUUCCCAUUGUCCAACCAGGUAAUUAGGUAACUAUGGCCCGAGGCGCGCAGCCAGGGUCUUGGCAAAGAAUGCGGCACAGGGUUGAUCAAGAGUAUCUGAUAGUAAUACGCUCCCCCGCCAAAAAGUCGUCGGAUAUAUGGCCCAUUUGUUAAUGAUGAUAUAUUUUCUUUGAUU